UCACGUGACCAGAAGUGCCGCGUCCAAACAUUGAAACAGGCGCCAUGUUGGCAGCCAGAGUAGUCUUAGCAAUGUUCUUUACUGCGUUUAGCUGACGUCCCUGCAUAGUAGGACAGUUCUUGUCUCUGGCUCCACAAUGGCUGGUCCUUCGCUGGAAUUCGAGACCGAAAUGUUCCUAAGUUUGUUGGACAGCGACGGGCUGCUGGUGGUGGCGGAAGGAAUGGGAAUAGACCGCAUCCUGCUGCAGUUCCUGCGGGUGUACGCGGAGCAGGGCAGCCUGGUGCUGCUGCUCAACACAACCACACCCGAGCAGGAGUAUUUCACGGAGCAGCUGCGAGUCGAAGGGGUCACGCAUUUGCCCAGGACGGUGACCAGCGAGGUCCAAGGCACCGAGCGGUACAGCGUGUACACUGAUGGAGGAGUGCUCUUUGUCACCAGCAGAAUCCUGGUGGUGGACUUCCUGACAGACCGCAUCCCUGCUCAUCUUAUAUCAGGCAUCCUGGUGUACCGCGCUCACAAAAUCAUUGAGUCGUGUCAGGAAGCAUUCAUCCUGCGGCUGUUCCGACAGAAGAACAAGACAGGUUUCAUUAAAGCCUUCACUGACAAAGCCACUGCCUUUUCCUCUGGGUUCUGCCAGGUGGAGCGUGUGAUGAGAAACCUCUUUGUCAAGAAGCUCUACCUCUGGCCCAGGUUUCAAGCUUCAGUAAACACAGCACUAGACAGACACAAGCCCGAUGUGGUGGAGCUCCAUGUGUCGCUGACACCGGCUAUGAGGGCUAUCCAGAGCUCUAUCCUGGACAUCAUGAGUGCUUGUCUGAAGGAGCUAAAACGCUACAACCCCACCUUGGAGGCUGAGGAUCUCUCCGUGGAGAACACGCUUAGCAAUGCUUUUGAUAAGACCAUUCGCCAUUACUUGGACCCCUUGUGGCACCAGCUGGGAUCAAAGACCAAGGCACUGGUUCAGGACCUGAAAGUACUCCGGGUACUGUUGCUCUACCUCACUCAGUACGACUGUGUCACCUUUCUCAAUCUGCUUGAGUCCCUCCGCUCCAGUCAAAAGAACUUUGGCUCCAAUUCAGGGUGGCUCUUCCUGGAUUCCAGUACCUCUAUGUUUGUCAAUGCCAGGAGCCGAGUGUACCGCAUCCCAGAAAACAAGAAGAAACUUAAAGUUGGAGCCGAAUCUGAGAAAAAUCAACCAUUCCUCCCUACAGAGUCAAAGCGGGAGCUGGUGCUUGAGAACAGCCCAAAGUGGGAAGCUCUAACUGAUGUCCUGCAGGAGAUUGAGAGGGAAAACAAGACCUCUCAGCUUAAACCAGGUCGUGUGCUAAUAUGUGCGAGUGAUGACAGGACUUGUGCCCAACUGCAGCAGUACAUCAGGCACGGCGCUGAACUGCUCCUGAACAGAUUAUACACCCGCACCAUUGCUAAACGAGACCCAUCAGCUGCUUGUGCUUUUAAAGUAGCAAGGCGCAAAAAAGGCAACAGCUCUCUCAAAGGUGGUUCAAAGGGGAAGGGCCAAGGGAGGCCCAAAGGGAAGGAGCCAAUGCGGAAAAAAAAGUCCAUGAAGACCAGACCGUCUCUGACCUUGACACAGAUGGUUGGGAAAGAGCAGACUGAUGAACCAGUAUUGAUGGGCAGCAGUGAGGAUGACAUGCCUGGAGAAGAAGAAGAAGAAGAGUCAGAAGAUGAGACCCUGAAUCUAGAUCUGUCAUCUGAUGCUUACUACGCUGUAUUGAAGGAGCCCCUGAUGGUCAUUCACCCCCUGAAGGGCUGCACAGAUCCACACAGCCUUACUAGGGUGCUGCAUGAAGUUGAACCCAAUUUUGUGGUGCUUUACGAUGCUGAAGUCAGCUUUGUGCGCCAGCUGGAGAUUUACAAAGCCUGUCGGCCUGGAAAAGCACUCAGGGUGUACUUUCUCAUUUAUGGUGGUUCGACAGAAGAACAGAAGUACCUGACUGGGCUGUCUAAGGAGAAGAAAGCAUUUGAACACCUAAUUAGAGAAAAAGCAACCAUGGUCAUCCCAGAGGAGAGGGAGGGCCGAGAAGACACCAAUUUGGACCUUGCCAGGAAUUUGGAGCCCGCCAAUGCCACCACCAACACUCGCAAAGCAGGAGGUCAGGACCAGCCCAAAGUACCUUCACGAGUCAUCGUAGACAUGCGUGAGUUCCGUAGUGAACUCCCCUCCUUGCUUCACCGCCGGGGCCUGGACAUCGAGCCUGUCACUUUAGAAGUAGGUGACUACAUCCUGACGCCCGACGUGUGCGUGGAGCGCAAGAGCGUCAGCGAUCUCAUUGGCUCGUUGCAGAGCGGUCGCCUGUACACACAGUGCCUCUCCAUGAGCCGCUACUACAAAAAACCAGUGCUGCUCAUCGAGUUUGACCCAGCAAAACCCUUUUCCCUAACAGGCCGUUCCGAUUUCCGCCACGAGAUAUCGUCCAAUGACAUUUCCUCCAAACUCACCUUACUCACAUUGCAUUUCCCACGCCUCCGCAUUCUCUGGUGCCCCUCCCCCCAUGCCACUGCCGAGCUCUUUUUGGAGCUGAAGCAAGGUCGCUUAGAACCAGAUGCUGCAGCGGCCCAAGCUGUCACGGCUGAAUCAGACACUGUGGCUGAAUCGACAGAGCUCUACAAUGCCGGGCCUUACGACUUUCUGCUCAAGAUGCCAGGGGUCAGCACAAAAAACUUCCGAUCCCUUAUAAAAAAUGCUAAUAGCCUGGCGGACUUAGCCAAACUCGGUCAGGACAAGCUAGCAGAAAUACUUGGAAAUGCAAGCAAUGCCAGGUUGCUCUAUGAGUUCCUGCAUAAUGUUGCAGGUGUUAAAGCUCCAGCACACAGAAUCAAAUAGACUCCACCCCCUCAGACUAGUAUUACAUGUUAAGUCUCAAGCUAUUUUUUUUCUCCAACUUGAAUGUAAAGCUCGAACUGAAGUAAAUAUUGCAAUUUACUCUGGAUUAAUAUUACAUUAAGAAAGACAUAUUAAAAAUAGGUGCUGUUUUUUGAGUUUUUUGUUUUUUACAUUUGCUGCGUAUUUUAAUCAUGUUAAGGGUAAAAUAUUUACCAUGCACACAUCGAACUAUAGUCAUUGAAAAUAAAUAUUGCAUUUAACUGGAUGGAUUUUACAUUGAUAAAACAUUUCUUGAAAAUAAAUGAUAUUUUUCUACA